AUGUCGCUGUCGAAACUACUCGUGAAACUAGACAUCACAUCUCUUACAUGUGUGCCACGAGACAAAAGUGAACUUACAAAAGUUACUAAAAAAGAAGACAUUGCCAAAAUUGAAAGAGCAGCUGAGAGGGACAAAUCUCAAAAGGAGAGGCUGAAGCAUAACCAAAACACGCAAGAGGUGCUUGAAUGCACUAAUGCGACGCCGAUUCGUUUUGUCACUCGAUCUGUGGCGGUAUCGCACACCAGACUCCACGAGACAGGUUCGUUCCGUUGUCGACAUUGUCCAAGGGUCUUCGACACUGUGAUGAAGAGGUGCAACCAUGAGCGGACCAAACACACGCAUCUGGAAAAGCUGAACCGUUGCGGGCUUUGCAGCGAGACGUUCCAAUACUACCACCAAAAACAGAAACACCUUCUCGCAGUCCACAACGUCGACUGCCUGGCGAAAUGCCACGCGUGUGAACGAGUGUACGCGAACCAAAGACAGUUACGAGUCCACAUACGAAAAGACCAUUUGAUGGAACGCAAGUUCAAGUGUAUUCCGCUGGAUGAUACCGAACAAACAAACAACGAAGAAGAAGAAGCAAACAAUGUUGUCGCUAGUGAAAAUAUUAAGGAAGAUCCUGAGAAUAACCUCGACUAUGAAAUUAAAUUUGAACUUCUUGAGAUAGUUGAGGAAGCUUUACCAUACGAGGGGGUUGAAACUGAAGAUGAAUCGGAGAUCGUAGAGAAGAAGGUUGAAUCAGAAAAGAAAAGAGAAAUGGAAAAGAAGACUGAAACUGAAAAGCAAGUAGAGAUUGCCAAAGAGACUGAGAUUGGAGAAAAAUCAGGAAUUGGAGAGAAUGCUGAGACUGAAGAUAAGUUAGACACGGAAGACGAGGAUGGACCUGGAGAUUUAAUCAUUGUUGAACAACCUGACACUGAAGAGCGAGCUGAAACUAUAUGGAAGCCCCAAAAAUUCCCAACACAAACGUAUCCAAUUAGUACACAGUUGCAGCAAUUGCGGUUUGGUGUUAGAGAAAUUUUGGAGAAUUCCAAUGCUACCGCCAUUCGGUGCAGAGGCAAUAUUGGCUACGCUUGCUGCUUCUGCAAAUCCCAGUUCCCAGUGCCUGGGGACUUGAAACGACACAACAGAGAGAAACAUUACACAAAUAUAGCAACUUUCAUGCAAAAGAAGGACAUGUCGAAGUUUUUCAUCAAAAUGGACAUCACUAUGUUAGAAUGCAAUUUGUGCAAACAAAACUUCGACAAUAUGAAACAGCUGAUAUCUCAUUUGAGAGACACUCAUAAUAAGGAUAUUUGCUAUGAAUUACAAAAGCGAAUACUACCGUUUAAGUUUGACAAGGAGGAUCUGUACUGUUGCGACUGUACGAAGAUAUUCCAGAACUUCAAAGUGCUGCAGGAGCACAUGUACAUCCACUAUUCGAACUACAAGUGUGACGUGUGCAACACCGGCUUCGUCACCAGAAACGCCCUCCUCAAUCACAAAGCAUCUCACGAAACCGGAGAAUUUAAAUGCGAUCAUUGCCCGAGGGUCUACAACACGCUGUUGAAGAAGAGGUCGCACGAGAAAUUCGUGCACGGCGCAGGAAAGUUGAGGAGCAAAUGCGGCUACUGCGGGAUUCGCAUGAACAACGCCCUCACCAGGGAGCUGCAUUACGUAGAAGUGCACGGAAUACCCAGAACCAGAGCCGCGGUGUAUACAUGCCAAACAUGCAACCGGUCUUUCAAUGACAACUAUCUUUUGAUCGCACACACUCAACGAUUCCACCAAAGGGUUAAACCACACAAAUGUGACUUUUGCGAAAGGAGCUUCUUCACGACUAGGGAGCUGGCGAAGCAUUCGUUGAAACAUACCAGCAUAGAGGAGUACUCGUGUGAUGAAUGUUCCAAGACGUUUACACGAAAAACCGCGCUGUUAGAGCAUAAGAGAGAACAUAGGAAAGACAGGCGAUUCAAGUGCACAUUUUGCGAUAAGGACUUCCUUAGGAAAUGGAGUUUGAAACUCCACAUGCGGAACAGACACGGAGUUAAUAUGGCGACUGUACCAGACACCACAGGCUAG